GGCUGGCUCCCAUUCCUAGAUGGGCACAGAACUUUCCAGAAUAAAGGCUAUAUUCCUAGUCCCUGUAGCUGGAUGUGGCCAGUGGGAGUGUAAUAUGAUCCCGGCCCAUGACAAGGGGACCUGCUGAAUCCUUCGGAAACCUGUCCACCGACCUUCUUCAGACCCAGGCACCAGUGUCCGAGGACCCCAGGCUGAUGGGGGCUCAGAUCUGCUGCCAGGCUGACGCCGAGAUGCCCCGAGAGGCGCUCCGUUUCCACGCCGAGGCCGUGGGCGCGCAGGUGCGUCUGGACGCGCAGCGGAGCACCGCGCGCAGGCGCGCCACAUUCCGCGACGGCAUCGUGUUCAGCCAGCGGCCGGUGAGGCCCGGAGAGCGCGUGGAGCUGCGCGUGCUGUGUCACGAGUGCGGCUGGGUUGGCGGCCUCCGCGUGGGCUUCACGCGCCUGGACCCCGAGCGGGUGACCGCGUCCGGCCUGCCCCCCUUCGUGUGCCCGGACCUGGAGCAGCAGAGCCCGACGUGGGCGGCCAUGCUGCCCGAUGGCUGCGGGCUCACCGGGGACGUGGUGCGCUUCUGGGUGAACCGCCUGGGCCGGCUCUUCGCCCAGGUAAACGCGGGCCCCCGGCUCCUGCUGCGUAAGGACGUGCUCAUGGGCGCCCCGCUCUGGGCCGUGAUGGACGUGUACGGGACCACGAAGGCCAUCGAACUGCUGGAUCCUACAGUCAGCGCCCCGACCCCAGCCAUGCCGUGGGUCCUCAGUGAUGAGGCUCUGCCUGAGUUCAAAGCCACAGCAGGAGAGGAGUGUGCCAUCUGCUUCCACCAGGCUGCCAACACCUGCCUUGUCCCCUGCGGCCACACACACUUCUGCAGCUGCUGUGCCUGGCGGGUCUUCAGGGACACGGCCAAAUGCCCCGUGUGUCGCUGGGAGAUUGAGGCGGUGGCCUCGGCUUGGGACUCUCCUGCUCUGGGCCCUGGUGUAGGUGCUCGGCUCUGAGCCCGGCCCCUGCCAAGGGACGAGGUGCAGCUCUGCCCACUUUCUGGAGAAGAGUCAGAAAGCCUGGUUAGCGACAGGUGUGGCGGAGAGAUAGAGUCAGGGCCGCAAUGGCUCUUCCCACUCCUCAGCAGGAGGGGGCCAGUGGACCAAGGAGGUGCCCCUUUCUGCCCACACCGGAACUACCUCCCUGGUGGGCGUCUGGCUGGAGAAAGUGGCUCAGCAAUGGGCCAGCGGGGUUCUCACCCCUCUGCCUAGCUCCUCGUUCAUUUUUGCCUGCCAAGGCUUUUGGCGGGUCACCUGGUUCAGCCACCAUGAACCUAGCAAUCCCCGGUACACUGGAGUCCCAGGAACCCACAUGUGCCAAUGAGAAGGGCCUUUGUGUAGAGAGGGGGCAGCCUGAUCCCUGGUUUUAUGGCUAAGGAAGUUAAGGUACCUGCGCGUGUCUGGUGAAGCCCUGCCCACCCCGGGGUAUUGAGGAGCCUGGACCAGAUGCAGGGAGCAUCUGGGUGGAAUUUUGUUUAUUUAUUUAUUUUUUUAAAUUGAAGUAUAGUUGUUAUACAGUAUUAAUAAGUUAUAGAUGUACAAUGUAGAGAUUCACAAUUUUUAAAUGUUAUACUCCAUUUAUAGUUAUUAUAGAACUAUUGGUUGUCUUCCCCCUGUUGUAUAGUAUAUCCUUGUAGCUUAUUUUGUACCUAAUAGUUUGUACCUCUUAAUCAUCUACCCCUAAAUUGCCCCUCCCUGUUCCUUCUCCCUACUGGUAACCACUAGUUUGUUCUCUAUAUCUGUGAGUCUGCUUUUUUGUUAUAUUAACUAAUUUGUUGUAUUUUUUUAGAUUCCAUAUAUAAAUGAAAUCAUACAGUAUUUGUCUUUCUCUGUCUGACUUAUUUCACUUAGCAUUAUGUCCUCCAAGUACAUCCAUUUUGCUGCAAAUGGCAAAAUACCAUUCUUUUUUAUGGCCGAGUAGUAUUCCAUUGUAUAUGUAUACCAUAACUUCUUUAUCCAUUCGUCUGUUGAUGGACACCUAGGUUGCUUCCAUAUCUUGACAAUUGUAAAUAAGGCUGCUGUGAACAUUGGGGUGCAUGUAUCUUUUCAGUCUGUGUGUGUCUCUGUAUCUGAAAUAAGUCUCUUGUAAGGCAGCACAUAUGGGUCUUGGUUUUGUAUCCCUCAGCUACUCUGUCUUUUGGUUGUAAAUUUAGUCCAUUUACAUUUAAGGUAAUUAUCAAUAUGUGUUCUUAUUGCCAUUUUGUUAAUUGUUUUGGGUUUGUUUUUGUAGGUCUUUUUUCUUCCUUUCUUCUUGUUUUGUUCUCUUGAUAUUUGAUGACUAUCUUUAGUGUUAUGUUUGGAUUCCUUUUUCUUUUUUGUGUGUAUAUCUGUUAUAGAUUUUUGGUUUGUGGUUACCAUGAUUUUUGGUUUGUGGUUACCAUGAGUCCAUACAUACAUACAUAUAUAUAUAUAUACACACACAUACAUAUAUAUGUAUAUAUAUGGUUGUUUCAAGUUGCUGAUUGCUUAAUUUGAAACAUUUUAGCAGACAUAGAGAACAAACGUAUGG